AAACUAAAGAAAUAAAUCUAAGGAAUGACGAGAAAACAUUGGAUGGUUCGCAUUUAUCGCAGCUAUUGACAAUGCGUUCGAAGACAGGAAAAAAAUUUGGAAAUGGCAUAAACGACGUAAUCGUCGAGGAAGAGAAUGAUGAAAUUACAGAUCAUGAAUCUAUGAAAGCUGUUUUUCAACUGAGUAUCAAUAAGGAUAACGAUGAAAUCGAUAGAAUAUUGGACCAACAGGAUGCAAUUAUUUCUCAAGCAAAUAAAGCAUUGGGAAUUUGCCAGGAUGAAGAGAAAUAUAAGGGCAGCAAGAUACGUAUUGAGGUUGAACGCAUCCUACUGAAAGCAAAUGCGACAAAGGAAAUCAUCGAAAACCACAAAAUCAAAUAUAGCUACCAAGAUCCGGAAGACAGAAGCGGAUUCAUCAAAAUAUCAAAUCUGCGAGUAUUCUUGAGGAACAGCAAUAAACCAAAGACGGUUGAAUCGCAGUAUGUGUGCAUUUUAUAUUGUGGAGCCACCAUAUAUUGUUCAACCCUUACCUACUUCAAGAAAAAAAGAAGACUUGAAUUGCCGGAAUCGUACACUUUCAACGAACUCCCGAGUGAUUUCAAGAUUGGAUGUCAAAUUUAUGUUAUUCAAUCGGAUGCUGUUCGCAAACAUUCUUUCUAUAAUCUUAUAAAGAGCUGCGGUCUGCUGCUGAAAUCCUUGUUCAUUUGUUCAAACCCUCCGAGUGAAACCGAAUGCAGAACCAGGACCGGUUUCGAAAAGUGUGGGGAGUUUCUCAUCACCAGAAACGUAUCGAAACCGAAAGAAUUUUUGUUCGAGGAUAGAUCACAAUGUGAUCAAAUCACUGAGAAAUUUCUGUGUGAUAUUGAAAGUGGUGUAAAUUUGAAAUAUGAAAUGUUCGGUUAUCUGCUUAUCUGCAAAGUGGAAAACGACGCAGGUUGGGUAAAGCAGUGGUGCGAACUUGAUGGUGCAGAACUGAAAUUCUGGAAUACUUCAGGCAGUGAGGAUGAGCCUAAAAUGACAAUCGACCUCUCCAGAUCGCUCUUCCGAAGAAUUCCAUAUGCUGAUUCAGCCGUCUAUUGCCGUGAGAAAAGUCUUCACGUGAGAAUCAAGCCUGAAUUUCCAGCAGAUGGCGCAAUACAUGAAGACGUGUUUCUUUCAUCUGAUGACCAGGAGGUUCUCGUGAAUUGGAAAGUAAAACUGAACAUCGUUUUGUUCAAUUUGCAAAAUUGGGGAUGUAUGAAGAUUUGAGUCAGAAAUGGCAUUUGGAAUGAAAACUGUGAUAUUUAGUGUUAGGCUUGAUUAUUUGAUAUAUUUAUGAUGAUCUUGUGUAUUCUCUUUAUUUAUUUAGCUGUGUAUUUUUAUGUUUUUGUGUGAAGAGUCCAGUUGGUUGUCUACCUUAUUUAUUAUGAAUAAGUUUCUGUUU